AUGGCUCAAAAUUUAACCAUUUUUCUCAAUCUCCUAUCACUCUAUAUCUUUAUCCUUUCAUACACUCCCCAAAUCUCAAAUGGCUUCACCUUAACCCUCACCCACAGAGACUUCCCACAAUCCCCUCUUUACACUCCCAACCUCUCCGAUUUCCAACGCUUCGUAAAAAACGCCGAAAUCUCCAAAACCCGCGCUUCACACUUUCGAAAACGGAGCCAAACGAACCUCAACACCACGAAAAAACUCCUCGAAAACAAAUCCUUUCACCUCCCGCUAACCUACCGCGAAACAAUAUUCACAGUCGAGCUAGCCCUCGGCACACCACUCACCACUCGAACCUUGAUUUUCGACACGGGCAGCGGGCUCACGUGGACCCAAUGCAAGCCGUGCAUUCGGUGCUUCAAGCAGAAAGAGCCUUUAUUCGACACGAAAAGCUCAAAGUCAUACAAAAUGUUGACCAAAAACGACGAAAAACCGGGCAAUAUCUUCUCGUGCACGAAUCAAGGAUGCGUAUACUACGUAAAGUACUACAGCGGACAAAUGUCGACCGGAAUCGCCUCGUCCGAGAACUUCUAUUUCGGCGGGAACAUCACCACCCGACUCGUUUUUGGGUGUGGGAUAAUCAACAAGGGCCCGUUUGGCAAAACGAAGACCAUUACCGGGAUAUUCGGGCUUGAUCGGCAGCCCGUCUCGUUCGCGCGCCAGCUCAGCAGCCAGAUCAAGGAUCGGUUUUCGUACUGUCUGCAGAGCAAGAACAAUCAUCAGUCGAGAUUGAAAUUCGGUGACGAGGCCAACGUACGAGAACCGAACAUUCAGAGCACGCCGUUCUUGAAAAUCUCGACUGACGAAAGACAUUACCGACUGAAACUAAGCGACAUCAGCAUAAACGAGCAAAAGUUGGGUCUCGGGGAAAGCACUUUUCCCGAGGGGUGUGUAGUCGACUCGGGCUCGUCGGUCAGCUUGCUACCUACGAAAGCUCAUUCGGCUGUGAGAAAAGCGAUUGACGGGCAUUUUUCGAAAAUAAAGAAUGUGAGGAAGGUUUUGGGGAAACGUGCGCUGCCAGGUGGCGGGUUUGUGUGCUACGCGCACGGAAAAAGUUUUGACAAGAGGCUGCUGCCGAACAUGAGUUUACAUUUCGAAGGGGCGGAUUAUCGGGUGAAUGGGAGGAAUCUUUUCGUGUUCUUUCGGAGAUUCUUUUGCAUGGCGGUGAUAAAGUCGGCAGAUGUGACGAUUUUGGGGGCGUAUCAGCAGCAGGACGUGAGGGUUCUUUACGAUCUGAAGGCCGAUAGGCUCUCGUUUGCGCCCGAGGACUGUUCGAAAGACUCGGGAAAAAUCCAAAAAUGCCUCUUCUUCCUUCACAUUCUACUCCACUUAUCACUCCUCAAUUAUUCCAUCCCUCUUGACUCGAAAUCCACCGGCUUCACCCUAAAACUAACCCGACGAGACUCGGACGUCUCCUCUGAAACCUCAACUUUUGGCAACUAUUUCCCGAAUGCAAUCCGCCCGAGAAUCACUCAAACGGCUUCGAUUUUCAUGGUCGAGGCCACAAUCGGCGCUCCCCCAAUCCCCAAAUCCUUCAUAUUCGACCCGGGCAGCGACCUGGCCUGGACACAAUGCACUCCAUGCACAAUUGCUUCAAACAAGACUUCUCGCUUUUUGACCCGAAAAAAUCCAAAACCUACCUCAAACUCCCUCCGAACCACUCUUCGGCAAAAUACUUCGAAAAAUCGAAAAAUGGGAGUUUUCUCUUUAAAGUACUCUAUGGCUCGGGCGAAUCGGCCUCUGGCACGGUCUCGAUGGAAAGCUUCGGCUUUCCAUCCCGAGACAGAAAGGGGCAUGAAAAUCGUAAGAUACGGUUGCGCAAACAACCAAAGAGGGAAUUUUAAGAGAUCGAUAACCGGGAUCAUUGGCAUGAGCCAAUCCCCAUUGUCUAUAUUCAGACAAAUGAGCAGCUCGUCUAUCGGGAGAUUCUCGUGUUGCUUGCCGCAUAUACUAACCCCCGUUAAGACAACAUUCUUGAGGUCAUGGUCAACGAGCUUCUUGAACAACAAUGACUACAAAUACAGAGUGGGAUUAGUGGACAUAAGCAUUAAUAGUAAGCGUUUAAAUCUACCGAAUGGCACAUUUCCGAGAGGCUGA